AAGCCUAAAUGAACUCAGAAGUGCUCUCGUCUCUGCUCUUGCAUCAAAUGGGCAAAUGGCUGAUGCUGUAGACACAUAUGAAGAAAUCAAGGAAUCUGGAGGUGAUCUGGAGCCUAGAGCUGUCCUAUCUCUGAUGGAGUGUCUUCAUUCCGAGAGAGACUUGAGUCUUAUGCUUCAACUAUUAGAGGAAUUGCAUGAUCAAGGCUAUUGGAUUGAGGGUUGCCGCAGAGUUAUCUCAUUUUGUGUUAGAAAAAAGCAUCUGAGUACCGCUGUUCAUUUGCUCAAGCAACUCAAGGACAAGUUCUGUGAUGAUGAGUUGGCUGCAGUAGUUCUUUUUGAUGAGGUUUGCUCUUGCACUGUUUCUCUUCCUUAAUGUUGUCUAAUCUUCUUGCUUGAUAUUUGGGAACUCAUUUCAGACAGUGAGACUUUUGUUUUUUCCACAGAGAUCUAUGAAUUU